CUCUCUCCUAGCUGCGCCGGGGCCGCGCGCCCCCUCCUAUCUCCCCCUCCUCCGCCCUGCGUACCCCGCCCGUGAUCGCAUCGCGAGCCCCUCCCGCUGUGCGGGGCUGGGGGAUUCGGCCGCCCCCGCCCCAACCAGGAGGCGGCGGCGGCCACCCUAGGCUGCAGUGGGGACCAAGAGCUAAGGCCUGGCGGCGGCCCUGCGUCUGGACCGGGCACGCGGGGUCUGUGCCUCUGCGCCCCAAGCCCAGGGCCGCGGUGCCUGGUCUCGCCACAGGCUGGAAGAGGUAUACAUAAACACAGCCCUGAUAGAGCUACAGAACAUUCUCAGUAGCAUACAAGGUUCCUUCCUGCACCUUCCCAAUUCAUGAAGCCCUCUGGAAGAGCCCCUUGCUCUGAUGUGUGCUUGGUCUUGCCUUCCAGCUCUGGAAUCCUGCAGUGUAUUUAUUCAGUUUGGCUUCUUUCCUCCUCCGGGGCCCUGGCUGUUGGUGAACUGAGCCUCCUUGAUCUCGCAGGCCGGGCCCACCCGCGGCCUCCCAUGAGCGCGCCCGGCUGACCCUGGAGGCGGCCGCGGUGGAGCCGGCGCGCCCCGAGGGCGGCGGGGCCAUGGCCUCGCUGGACCUACCAUACCGCUGCCCGCGCUGCGGGGAACAUAAGCGCUUCCGGAGCCUGUCGUCGCUGCGCGCGCACCUGGAGUACAGCCACACCUACGAGACGCUCUACAUCCUCUCCAAGACCAAUAGCAUCUGCGACGGCGCGGCCGCUGCUGCAGCUGCUGCAGCCGCAGCCUCUGGCUUCCCGCUAACACCUGAGCCCGCCGCCCUGCUGGCUGUCCCCGGGGCCCGGCGCGAGGUCUUCGAGAGCACCUCCUUCCAGGGCAAGGAGCAGGCGGCAGGGCCGGCGCCCGCGGGGCCGCACCUGCUGCACCAUCAUCACCACCACGCGCCACUGGCACACUUCCCCGGUGACCUGGUGCCCGCCAGCUUGCCCUGCGAGGAACUGGGCGAUCCAGGGCUCGUGCCCGCUGCGCGAUAUGCGCUACGCGAAAUCGAAAUCCCACUGGGAGAGCUGUUCGCGCGCAAGUCCGUGGCAUCCUCGGCCUGCUCGACGCCGCCACCCGGACCUGGCCCUGGUCCUUGCUCCGGGCCCGCUUCUGCAUCGCCAGCGUCGCCAUCACCUGCGGACGUCGCCUACGAAGAGGGCUUGGCACGCCUCAAGAUCCGCGCCCUGGAGAAGCUGGAGGUAGACCGGAGACUAGAGCGGCUGAGCGAAGAGGUGGAGCAGAAGAUCGCAGGCCAGGUGGGUCGGCUACAGGCCGAACUGGAGCGCAAGGCGGCAGAGUUGGAGACUGCACGACAGGAGAGCGCGCGCCUGGGACGCGAGAAGGAGGAGCUGGAGGAGCGUGCAUCUGAGCUCUCGCGCCAAGUGGACGUGAGCGUGGAACUGCUGGCUUCACUCAAGCAGGAUCUGGUGCAUAAGGAGCAGGAGCUGAGCCGCAAGCAGCAGGAGGUGGUGCAGAUCGACCAGUUCCUGAAGGAGACGGCAGCUCGGGAGGCCAGUGCCAAGCUGCGUCUGCAGCAGUUCAUCGAGGAGCUCCUGGAGCGUGCAGACAGGGCAGAGCGCCAGUUGCAGGUCAUCAGCAGCAGCUGUGGCAGCACACCCAGUGCCAGCCUGGGCAGAGGAGGUGGGGGCAGUGCCUCGGGGCCUGCGGUGAGAGGCCCCGGCAGAAUGCGAGAACACCAUGCAGGCCCAGCUGUGCCAAGCACAUACGCCGUGUCACGGCAUGGCUCCUCUCCCAGCACAGGGGCCUCCAGCCGUGUGCCAGCUGCAUCCCAGAGCUCAGGCUGCUAUGACAGUGACAGUCUGGAGCUGCCCCGGCCAGAGGAAGGGCCCUCGGAAGACAGUGGCCCUGGGGGCUUGGGUUCACGGGCCCAGGCUACCAACGGUGGUUCGGAGCGGUCCCAGCCCCCUCGUAGUUCAGGCCUACGACGACAGGCCAUCCAGAAUUGGCAGCGCCGACCACGCCGUCACAGCACUGAGGGGGAGGAGGGUGACGUCUCAGAUGUGGGCUCCCGAACUACUGAGUCAGAGGCUGAAGGACCCUCUGAUGUCCCACGCCCUGGACCUGCUGUGGCUGGCCCCUUGAACAGCUGCCGGCUUUCAGGCCGCCCUGAAGGAGGCAGCAGUCGAGGGCGUCGGGUGGAGAGAGGUAGCCCCUCACGCUCCAAUGAGGUCAUCAGCCCAGAAAUCCUCAAGAUGCGUGCUGCUCUCUUCUGUAUCUUCACCUACCUGGACACCCGGACACUGUUACACGCUGCAGAGGUCUGCCGGGACUGGCGCUUUGUGGCCCGUCAUCCCGCCGUCUGGACGAGAGUGCUGCUUGAGAAUGCCCGAGUCUGUUCCAAGUUCCUGGCGAUGUUGGCUCAAUGGUGCACCCAGGCUCACUCAUUAACAUUACAGAACCUGAAGCCCCGGCAGCGGGGAAAGAAGGAAAGCAAGGAGGAGUAUGCCCGCAGCACCCGGGGCUGCCUUGAAGCAGGGCUGGAGUCCCUGCUGAAGGCGGCUGGUGGGAACCUGCUCAUCCUGCGUAUCUCCCACUGCCCCAACAUCCUCACUGACCGGUCACUCUGGCUGGCCAGCUGUUACUGCCGUGCCCUGCAGGCUGUCACCUACAGGAGUGCCACAGACCCCGUCGGCCAUGAGGUGAUCUGGGCCCUAGGUGCAGGCUGCAGAGACAUUGUCUCCCUCCAGGUGGCGCCACUUCACCCCUGCCAGCAGCCUACCCGGUUCAGCAACCGCUGCCUGCAGAUGAUUGGACGCUGUUGGCCCCACCUCCGGGCCCUGGGCGUAGGUGGUGCAGGCUGUGGGGUACAGGGCCUGGCAUCACUUGCAAGAAACUGUAUGCGGCUGCAGGUCCUGGAACUGGACCAUGUGUCAGAGAUUACCCAGGAGGUGGCGGCUGAGGUCUGCCGGGAAGGCCUGAAGGGACUGGAGAUGCUGGUGCUCACAGCCACCCCUGUCACCCCUAAGGCCCUGCUACAUUUCAACAGCAUCUGCAGGAACCUCAAGUCCAUUGUGGUGCAGAUUGGGAUUGCAGAUUACUUCAAAGAGCCCAGCAGUCCCGAGGCCCAGAAGCUGUUUGAGGAUAUGGUGACAAAGCUCCAGGCCCUGCGACGGAGGCCUGGCUUCUCGAAGAUUCUGCACAUCAAGGUAGAAGGUGGCUGCUAACCCGGGUGGGGGGCGGCAGGGCACCUGCCAGCCCCACACCAAGUGCUCUUUGGACCUCUGGAGGGGCCCUGGCUUGGACUAGACCUUUGGAGGCCUAGUGUUACUCCAGGUUCCAGACAGUGGUUGAAUAUCCUGUCCAGUUGGGACAGCAGAGUGACAGGUGACCCAGUUCACUGCCUCCCCAGGACAGAGGCUUGGAAAGAAGCUGCCCUGAGACACCUCUCUCCCUCACAUCCCCAGAAGGAAAAGCCUUCUGGCACAACCAGCAAGGAGCUGGCACACCAGCAGCUGGUUGUCACUGCUCAGAGGAUCUGCAGUAGCCACCCAGGGGCUCCUCAGCUGCUCAGGCAGGUCUCUCCUUCCUGAGGCCAUUUCCUGGUCAGGAGCCUGUCAAGCUACAAGCCAGAGAGGCUUAAGGCAGCUCAGACAUGGCAAGGAGGACUCUUUUCCUCUUUCCCUGACCAAGCCCUCUGUAAGGCACUCCCUUUAGACAGAGGGUCUUUCUUCCAGGUCCACAUUCUCCAGUGAUAAUCUAGGCAAGCCUAGGAACCCAGGUACAAGGUUAGCUGAAAGUUGGGGCAGGGCCAUAGGGAUGAAUUUCAAAAGGUAAAAUAAAAUGUCUAGAAUACACCAGGAUGAGGCCUAUACCUUCCAAGCAGGUAAAGGACUGGCCAGUUGGAGGAGGCUACUUGUAAGAUAAAGACUUCUCGUUACCACACUCCAGAGCUAAGCUCAAGCCAGUCUCUCUGUACCACUCCUUGCUGAGGGAUCAGAGAGCAGGGGUCCCAGCAAAGCCCUACAGUGAGAAGGGACCUCUGAACCCAGGCAUUUUGGCAGAAUUCCCAAAGCCUUUCAGGCCCCAAGACCAUUGGGAGGGGGGGACCCUGGGCUGCCUGCUUUGCUGGAGUUUGGGGGAGAGGGGCCUUGCUUUACCUAACAGCUUGCUUGAGGAGGCUUUGGCAAGGAGCCAGAUCCUGGUGCCAAGGCAGAGGAAUAAUUUCCACGGUCCAUCUUCUCGAGUCUUUACAGUCCUGGGCUGAAACUAUAGUAGGAGAAUACUUGUGAUAGGGUGUCGUUAGCCCUAGCAUCGCACCCAAGAAGCCUGGUCACCAAAACCCCACAGACUGAGCAUCCCUAACUGAAUUCCUCAGACUUGGAGUAGCUGAGGCCGUGAGUCUUGGCAACCCUCAUUUGGGCAGCUCUUUCAAAUGCCUGGUUUGUCACUUACAUCUUAGGGUUUCCUUUACUCCUUUAUAAGGUGGGAUCCUCUUGCCAGUUUUCUCCAGCUGUGCCACACCCUGGACUGGGCACAAACUCAUCUGUAGGUUGCUGCCAAACAAGUCCCUUCCGUUGUUGCACAGCCUCCAGCUUGCUGCUCCCCGAUCCUGUAGCUCUGUCCUAGUUUAUCAUCAUCGCUGAGUCGUGUGGCUUGUUCUGUACCUGCUCUUUACAGACUGAAAUGCCAAGGCUGUCAUGCUGGCUACUCCAUCCCUAGUCCUGCAUGAAACCUUGGCUGUGUGGUAUCUAUGCCCCUACCUCUCACAGCUGCCUCCAGCUGCUCCCACCUCCCCAGUCUUGUCCCCAGGAGUCACGGGCAACAGCACAACUUUCAUCUUCUUCAGUGGCCCAGAAGGGAGGUGGCAGUGUGCUUGGGCCCCAGCUGCCUUUAGUAGGUCAGUUGUUUUGCCAGCUGCAGCCAUGUAGCUCCUGCUCCCUGUGACUCUUAAGGCCAGAGGUGCUGCCCUUCCUGUCUCUUGGAUAAAGCACAAAGUAAUGUAGUUGGCCAAACCUGCUUCCCAGGGGCUUCCAUUUCACAACCCCAGGAUUUGGACAUCUCCCUGGGCAGGGGAGGCACUAGAAUGCCUGGUGUUGGGGAAAAUCGAUCAGGGUGCACAGCCAUCAGGGCAGGAAGCAAGGUCAAGAUGCUAGUACCAGGCAUUCUGAUCCAUGGAGAGGGAAACUACCUAUAAGUGUUCUUGCUCUGAGUAAAGGUGAGUAAAGUGAAAAUUGUAAACCUAAGCCUUUACCAACCUAAGGGACAGGUCACUGUGUCCUGGCUGAGUCUCAGGCAUCUUAGUCUUCAGGCAUGCUGAGAGCCAGCAGCUCUGUUGCCAAGUUGUGAUCCCUUUGCUUUCUCCAAAGGGGACCAUCCCUGCUUCUGGGUGCUGUGCUCAGUUCCGUCUUUAGCAGUCACAGAGCCAGUGGGGGAUGGGUGGGUGCCUUUCUUUAGCCACUCAAAGGGAAGCCCCCUGUGUCUCAUACUAAGGUACAGAAAACUUGUGUGGGCAUGCCCUGCUCCAGAAGCACUGGGUCAAUGGAGAAGGCUCACAGGUGGCAGUCACUUGUCAUCUCUUCCACUCCCAUCCCCUGCCAAACAGCCUGGCUCUAGCACUUGUAAGUUGUGGCAUGGUUUGGCUUGAAUACUUCAUGCUUACGCAGGCUGCUUUUCCCCAGUUAUGGCAGAAAUGUAUGCACCCCGCCCAGAACCCCAGCUUUCCACCCAUCGAGACAGAGUACCCUAAAAUUAGGCUUUUCUUUUUUUAAACCCUAUUGACAACAGAGGCUAAGUCAGCCUCAGGAACUGCAUCAGAAACCUAACAGGCCUCCUUCCCAAGGCCUGCUGCUCUCUCACCAGCCCUAAUCUUGAAUGCAGAACACAGGCAAUAAGCUGUCAACCCAUCUCUGUAAGGCACGAUGUUGAAGGAAAAUGUCCCAGAGUUGACAGCUGGUGCCAAAGACAUAGAUAGUUCCUGGUGAACUUGGAGAGGUGAGACUUGAGCGGGACAUGGCCCAGUGCCCCAUGGAGUUAAGCACUGAUGGGGUCUACCCUAGCCACCAGCCUGAUAACCUGGCAGUCCUUCUGCCCUUGGUGGCCAUGCUUUCUCACCCAGCCUUGGCUCAGGCUAGCAUCUCUCUGUGUAUAUAUUACUGUGUAGCGUGUAUAUUUACUCCUGGACAAGUGAGCCCAGCUGGAGUCCUUGCCCAAGGACAAAGCUUGAGGUUGGGUGAAGAGCAGACGGUUAGGCUUUCCUCAACUCUUUGGGACCUUAGUCCUAAGACUGCCAGACAAUCAAGCAGGCACCCCACCAGGAGGCCAGCUCUGGGCCUCUGCCAUUACUACAGCCCUGGGGAGGCUUGGCCUGGAAUCCUCAAGGCUUUACUCAGUCCUGAGAUGGUUCAACAGGGCACAGCUGGCCCCGAGGCCCUGAUUCCCUGCACAGCCAGGCUGCAACCUACCCCCAUGCACACUAGGCAGAGGGGUAGACUGGAACUUUUGGUUUUAGUUUUGUUUUCUAAAGUGGUGCCUGUACCUCCAGCCCCCAGGGGGCCUUCCCUGGCCCCACUUUUCUGUCCCACCCAGGCAUUGCCAUCCCAGCACUUUGCUCCAUGUCACCCAGAUGCCCUUUGCCGAAUGUAUCUGAGCAUAUGUAUUUAAAAGGACUCAUGGGCAUCAGAAUUUAUGGUUCUGUAUCCAAUAAAAGAUGGUGAAACUGAAAA